CUAAUAGCCCUUAGGUUCUUAUAUAAACGUGCACUGACUUGAGAGUGCAUUGCGUUUCAUUGGUCCCCCUUCCGUUCCCUCUUCGCCUGUUUCUACGCUUAACAUACAGCGGCACACUGUUCUGCACGAAAACGAUAAUUCGCCGUCAGACAGCUUCUCCUGUGUGUCACACUUACACGAUAUCAGAGGGUUCUUGUACCAGGUGUGUUGAGGCAGCUUACGCACAUGGUACCGACAGUACAUCCAGAAGAAUGGCAUCUGCAAAUAGGCCUGUGACCUUCCUUGCAUACGUCCUGUUCUUGUCCAUGAUCCUUUCCGCUGUCUUUGAGAGUGCAAGAGGCAGAGAAACAGUAGACCCCGAUGGCUGCGUUAGACACAAGACGCCAACAUAUCAUUGGAGUGUCCGCAAGAGAUACCUGUGGGAGUGCCAAUAUAGGUGCACAAAGGACCGAAAAGUUCAGGACAGGAGCGAACCGGAUGGAAGCCGAUGCGCAGUAAGAAUGCUAGGUAAACAUUGUGGCAUGCCACGCUACCCAAUCUUAUCGGGUGAGCCAUCACUGAAGCCGCCAGGGGGCUGCAAUCACUGGGAGGGCGUUGCGUUCGGAUAUUUAAGAGGCCACAUGCCUCUUCGGAGGCUCUGUUGUUUCCCCGCUGGGAAUUGAAGCUGUCUCUUGACAAUAAACCUGCUCCCACCCGGUGGAAGAGCCCUCGGAGCUGAUGGCUGACAAGGCGAAGGUGCCCACGCCGCUGUCAGACGCCAUCGAAACUGCAAAACUCCUGUCACACAUGACGGAGUUGUGCUCGUUGGUGGUUCAACGCCUGGAUGCCGGGUCGGUUUCGUCGCCGCAGGCACAAGCACCUCUACGACUCAACUUACCGGUUGCUUUGGUCAGAGACGCCACCUGCUGCCUUCUGUUGCAAUUGGAGUUUACAUCCUUUCAGGAUUUCCAGGAGUGGUUCAAAAACGAAUUUCUUCCCCCGGAUUAUGAAUACAGUGUCCUAGAGGAAUUGCAUAAGCGUACUCAACAUCCUGAGGAAAGCUUAUCUGAAUUCAUUCGGGCAUUGCAGGAUCUGUACAGCAGAGCAUCAUUUCACGAAAUGGGUUGUGCUGUUUCCUCUCAGGACGCUGACUUGCCAGAGAGUGUGCGAAAAACUACUCGACACCUUAUACCGGUUUGGGUUUCCUGCACAAGUGAUCACCGACAACGCAACCUACUUUACAACCAGCACCACCGUGAUUGGGAUCUUCGCCUGGCUGAGGUGGCGUUCGCUACACGGACGACGGUCAACAGGUCUACAGGCUUCACCCCGGCAUUCCUGAACUUGGGACAAGAGGCCCCUUUUUCAGUGGAGAUUGCUCUGGGCCUCCGGCAUGGUGCUACCCGGCCUCCUUAUUCAACGUUUGCUGAGGACCUCCGGAGUCGACUGGACGAUGCAGCCCGGACGGCUCGGGAGAACCUGGACGUCGCAAGGUUGGAGCAGGCUCGCCAGUACAACCAUGGACGUCGGAACCUCACCUACAGCGUCGGUGACCUCGUCCCUCGACGGACUCACCCGCUAAGUGAUGCGUCACGAGGCUUUGCAGCUUCACUCGCAGAUAGGUGCGAUGGCCCCUUCGAGGUAAGUGUGUGCUUCUCCGGCCUCACUUACAGGCUUCACUUCGGCGCUGUGUCACCGGCGAAGAGACUGGGCCAGUUCAUAUCUCAGACAUGAAGUCUUACCAUCUCCGAGACCCGGACGGAGAGGAGCCCGAUUUGCAACCUGCCUCCCUCCAGGACCUGGACCCGGAUACCGUUCCCGGACCUGCGUCCAGCCGCUACAACUUGCGUCCCCGCAGGUGGCUCAUGUAGCUACCACUAUCUCCAUCGCUAAGCAUAGUGCUUGUGAUUUAGUACUUUAGUAGUGUGAUUUCUGUUCCACCGUUUUCCGCUACCUGUUUUAGGGGGACGCCUUUUCAAGCGCCCAUGGUUUGAGGCCGCCUUCUUACCGUUGCCCUUUCUCCCUCGCAGAUGCAACGACGUCCUCAGUCCUCCGCCCACCGUGCAACCUCCCGCUCCCGUUCUCGCGGGAGCCGCCCGAGUCCCUCCGGACCCCCAGACCGAGCUCAGGCCAGGUGCAGGGCCCACAGCACCACUCGGUCGCCACCUGGACGCUCGUCUCUAAUGGGCAACCCGUCUUCUGGGCAUCCCGCUCACGCUGGACUGCCCAGCCACGGCCCUUCAGAGGUGACGACCAGGGCCGCACACCGACACCAUUCAAGGGCCUGACUCUCUCGGAACGCCACCCGACCAACCUCCUUCAACCUCUGACAGCAGAGGAAAGACGGAUCCUGUGCCCACUGUGCCAAGUUCCCGAGAUACACCGAGCCACACACCGCAGAGGUGCCCUCCACCAGGCCCGGGUCGAGGCUGCUUGCACCGCAAACGACGUAAACGCGGCCAUCUCGACACUAAGGCGUCUCCAACCCGAACUCCUGGCCGAGGCUAGGCCUCCUCCACACGCCGCACCCUCAUCGGUCCUGGAGGAUGACGCCGUGCUGAAGCUGUCAGACGAUCUCAUGUCUCUAUAAAAGGGGGGAUGUGGCAUGCCACGCUACCCAAUCUUAUCGGGUGAGCCGUCACUAAAGCCGCCAGGGGGCUGCAAUCACUGGGAGGGCGUGGCAUUCAGAUAUUUAAGAGGCCACAUGCCUCGUCGGAGGCUCUGUUGUUUCCCCGCUGGGAAUUGAAGCUGUCUCUUGCCAAUAAACCUGGUAUCUUGGUUUGAA